CUGCAAAUUUUUGAGAAAUCAAUGUGCAGUUAAUUUCGUUCCAGCUCAUCAAGAGCAUUAGAUGAGAAGAUACGGAUACUGUCAAACGUUAAUAUCAUGUCUGAAUUUUUUUAAUAAGUUGGUGUUCUAAUCAGAGUGUAUUUAAAAUACACUGAUUAAUUGGAGAAAGUAACAACACAUAAUGUGUGUUUGAUGUUCCUAAAGAACGAGAUGUGAUAAAUAUGGUAUUUUCAUAGUAUCAUAACCACCAUUUACAUUAAAAAGGAUAGGUAUAAUAUCACAGCAAACAAAAUGUUUUUUUUCUCUCUUAUCAUCUAUCUACUACCUUAUGUUCAACAAGUUGUAUAAUUUCCCUAGAAUGAUUACCACAACUGUAUGACUUUGCCUAAAACUAUGCAAGUUCAUUUGAUUGCAUUAAAGAACAUUCCAAUUUUUUUGCUCACAAGGGAAAAACAAAAGUUGAGAGAGUUAAAAAAAAAAAAAAGUACAGGAAGAAAAAGAAGAAGAGAAGCUGCUGAAGUCAGCUAAACCCCGAAAGAAAAGUUGAUUUUUGUCAUUACAUGACGUUGAGAAAAUCACUCGGAGCAAGUAAAUUCUCCGUUUUAUAAAACCUCCGUUGAUUUAAAACUCGCCGGCGACUUACCGGCCAUUAAAUUAACCAUAAAUCUCUCCGGAACCCACAUUUAAGUGAAGGGUUGGAUUAAGGAGCAUCUGUCUCACUACCCUCGAAGAAGGUGAGAGAGAGAGAGAGAGAGAGAGUAGUACUUGGGAGUAAUGGAGAAAGGAGCAAGAGAAUUAAAAACCCAUAACCUCUCUCUCUUCUCCUUGUGUCAAACGCCAUUAAAAACCCAUCAGUAUCAGUUACGCAAUUUCUCAAGGCAGACAGGUAAGAAGAGAGAGAGAGUUUUUUUGGAAUCUGUAAUGAAUGUAAAAGGAGCGAAAGGUGGGAGAAACGAAUGCACUAAUGGCGGCUUAUGAUAGGCUCGAGACGAAAGGUUGUGUUAAUGGCGACAGUUGUGUGAUGGUCCAGAGUUAGCAAGUUUUACUUUCUGGUUUGGUUAAAAGGACAGAGGAAAAAGGGUUUGUUACUGUUUUGUUCUUCUUCUAGUGUCUACACGUUACUUUGGUGAAGAUGGAGUUUCUCGGCGACAGUCAAAAUCACGACAGUUCUGAAACGGAGAAAAAGAACAAGAAGAAGAAGCGAUUUCACCGCCACACACCUCACCAGAUCCAACGGCUUGAAUCAACUUUCAAUGAGUGUCAACAUCCAGAUGAGAAACAGAGGAACCAACUUAGUAGAGAAUUGGGUUUGGCUCCAAGACAGAUCAAGUUCUGGUUUCAAAACAGAAGAACUCAAAAGAAGGCACAACACGAGAGAGCUGAUAAUUGUGCAUUGAAAGAAGAGAAUGACAAGAUUCGUUGCGAAAACAUUGCUAUUAGAGAAGCUAUUAAACACGCCAUUUGCCCCAACUGUGGUGAUUCUCCUGUUAAUGAAGACUCUUACUUUGAUGAACAAAAGCUUCGCAUCGAAAAUGCACAGCUUAGAGAUGAGCUCGAAAGGGUUUCGAGUAUUGCAGCUAAAUUCAUAGGGAGACCAAUCUCUCAUCUUCCACCAUUACUAAAUCCGAUGCAUGUUUCACCAUUAGAGUUAUUCCAUAGCGGUCCUUCACUUGAUUUUGAUCUUCUUCCAGGAAGUUGUUCUUCAAUGGCUGUUCCUAGUUUACCAUCUCAGCCAAACUUGGUUUUAUCAGAGAUGGAUAAGUCUCUUAUGACCAACAUUGCUGUGACCGCUAUGGAAGAAUUGCUUAGGCUACUUCAAACAAAUGAGCCUCUAUGGAUCAAAACUGAUGGAUGCAGAGAUGUUCUCAAUCUCGAAAGCUAUGAGAAUAUAUUUCCAAGAUCAAGUACUAGUGGUGGAAAGAAGAAUAACCUUCGAAUGGAAGCAUCUAGAUCUUCUGGUGUUGUUUUCACUAAUGCUAUUACACUUGUGGACAUGCUCAUGGACUCUGUCAAAUCAGCAGAGCUUUUUCCCUCAAUCGUUGCAUCAUCUAAAACCCUUGCAGUGAUUUCAUCGGGAUUGCGUGGAAACCAUGGAGAUGCAUUGCAUUUGAUGAUUGAAGAGGUUCAAGUGCUUUCGCCAUUGGUAGCUACGCGUGAGUUCUGUGUGCUAAGAUAUUGUCAGCAGAUUGAACAUGGAACUUGGGCAAUUGUAAAUGUCUCCUAUGAGUUUCCUCAGUUUACAUCUCAAUCUCGGUCAUAUAGAUUUCCUUCUGGUUGCUUGAUCCAAGAUAUGUCCAAUGGCUAUUCAAAGGUUACUUGGGUCGAACAUGGUGAAUUCGAGGAGCACCAUGAGAUGUUUAAAGAUCUUGUUCAUAAAGGAUUAGCUUUUGGGGCUGAACGUUGGAUUGCUACUCUCCAAAGAAUGUGUGAGCGAUUCACGAAUCUAUUGGAACCCGCAACAUCAUCUCUUGAUCUUGGAGGAGUGAUUCCAUCGUCAGAAGGGAAGAGAAGUAUAAUGAGACUUGCUCACAGAAUGGUAAACAAUUUCUGCUUGAGUGUUGGCACAUCUAAUAACACUCGCUCAACGGUUGUCUCGGGACUGGAUGAAUUUGGAAUCCGUGUGACUUCGCAUAAGAGCCGUCAUGAACCAAAUGGAAUGGUUCUAUGUGCAGCCACCAGUUUCUGGCUCCCAAUUUCUCCACAAAACGUCUUCAAUUUCCUCAAAGAUGAAAGAACUCGGCCUCAGUGGGACGUUCUUUCAAAUGGAAACUCUGUUCAAGAAGUUGCUCAUAUCACAAACGGAUCAAAUCCUGGAAACUGCAUAUCGGUUCUUCGUGGAUUCAAUGCAUCAUCAUCACAAAACAAUAUGCUGAUUCUACAAGAAAGCUGCAUAGACUCAACAAGCGCAGCGCUUGUGAUCUACACUCCAGUGGAUUUACCAGCAUUGAACAUAGCAAUGAGUGGUCAAGACACAUCUUAUAUUCCGAUAUUACCCUCGGGUUUUGCCAUUUCGCCAGACGGAAGCAGCAAAGGAGGAGGAGGAUCAUUGAUAACGGUUGGGUUUCAGAUAAUGGUGAGUGGUUUGCAACCGGCAAAACUGAACAUGGAGUCAAUGGAGACAGUAAAUAAUCUCAUCAAUACCACUGUCCACCAAAUUAAAACGACCUUAAAUUGUCCUUCAACUGCUUGACGACACCAUUAAAAGCCAUUUCCCCAUCUGAUUUCUGAGAAGGGUCUUCAAUGAGCAGAGAAGUGAAAGUCAUUAAUAGUAUUUUGUCUUCAAUGCCUGCAAAGAGUGUAAGAAAUCAUUAUUCUUCUGGGUAUCACUCUCUCUCUCUUUCUUGUUCUUUUUUUUGGGUUUUUUUUUUUUUUAAGUCUCUUUCUUUUUUAAGCUUAGUGGGAAAGUGGGAGUCAAGAACGCACCAUGCACAAAUGUUUUUUUUGUAUGGUUCGGGCAUUGACUUCUGUUUGUUUGUUUAUUUACGUCUUUUUGUCUAAUUACAAUUACCAAGUUACUAUUUUUUCUUGGUUUUGUUUA